UUGUUGCCCCAAUUUCAUCCCCAUCACCAAUCUAGCUAUCCACCAUCUAUCUUAAAUGUCAGUGACAGUACAUGGCUGCAUCAGAGAUUGGCCUUCUCUCCAUGACUCAGAUCCAAAAAUUAUCACCAUCACCAUCAACAUCAUCACAACAUCCCCAACCAAACCCUAACUCCGCCUCUACCACCACCACCACGACCUCCGCCACUUGGAUGUGGAACCCUAGCAGCAGAGAGAACCACCGUGAGGAAGCUGAAGAAGAUGAGUCAUGGGAGGUCAGAGCCUUCGCCGAAGACACAAGGAACAUCAUGGGAACCACAUGGCCUCCGAGGUCCUACACCUGCACCUUCUGCAGAAGGGAGUUCCGUUCAGCCCAAGCUCUCGGCGGCCACAUGAAUGUCCACCGCCGUGACCGCGCUCGCCUCCACCAAGUUCACCCGCCCAGUUCCAUCCCCUCUCACCCUACACCACCCUUCAUAAACAUUCCACCUCAUCACCAGGACCUUGGUUUGUGCCUUCUCUAUCAUUUGCCAAGCCCUAAUAGUACUACUGUUCCCAAUCUUAAUGUAAAUGGAGAAUCUCCCUCUACUCUUCUCUCCAUCUCACCCUAUCAACCAAACAACUUGAUGAUGCAAACUUGCUCUUCACCAUCAUUUAAUUUUCCACUAGCUCAGGUUUCUUCACCUCAUAUCAAUGGCAGUGUUCCUUCUUACUUCUGCAACUCCACCACCAAACUGGAGCAACCUCCAACCUUAAGAUCUAUUGAUAAUGGCCACCUGGAAGAGCUUGAUCUAGAGCUCCGUCUCGGGCACAAGGCAACACCAACAUGACAAAGUUAUAGCAUGUUUGGACCAACUUCUAUUUUCUCAGAAUCAACUUUGUUGCCCGGAAUUAUGUUUUCGCCAGAAUUGAUUUUGACUUUAAAAUCAAUUAGAGAAGCAUUUCCUAACAUGCACUGAACUGAGUGGUUUUAUAGCUUGUGAGUCAAAUCAAAGUUGGACAAGUACUGUUAUUUGCACUCUGUGGUGGAGAUAUUGAACACCGAGAAUGUUGUAAUUUGUUCAUGUUUGAUACCAUAUUGUUCACUUUUUUUCAAGGGGUUCUUGAAUUUUUCAUUUUGUUUUGGUUGAUUUUAUCAGUGUGUGCGUGUUUUCAAUUUGUGACUGAAGGUGCACAUGGAGGAGCGCAGGUUGUGGGAGGGUGAAAGGAAAGGGGAGAAAGGAAAGGCACCACACAUGUAUAUUUUCAAAGAAUUAAAAAGAAAAUGUAAGUUGGUAUUGUAUUUUUGAAGAAUUUUUCAGAAUUUAAUAAUGGAAGAAGAUGAUUAGGGUUUUGAGAAAGACACUUGAAAAAAGUUGCAGUGAAGUGUCAUUUUCUGCCAUGUCUCUGGGCAUACAUUUCCGUGGGGAUUAUUAUUUUUCUAUCUUUAGCAUAAGUAAAUGGAGUAAUAUUGUAUUCACUAUUUACACCCUUAUUGUUUACUGAAAUCUUUAAAUAUGUCAAUUUCAUUCA